UAAUUUAUUUCUGUGCGAAAUAGGCUUAGCGAUUAGUAAACUUAUUUGAAUCGUAAAUCGACUGAAACUUAACUCCGAAUUUUGAAGAUAUUGUUUCUGAUGAUAUAAGUUUAAAACGUGUAAUUCACAAAAUACUCUGUGCCGCUAAAUAUCCCUUUUAACGAAGUGCUAAAGUGAUUUUGUGUAAAAAAUAAAGUGCGUGAUAAACUUCCAGAAGAUAACUCCCAUGGAAUAUAGUGCCAUGUGAGAGCCGCCCCUGGGAUGGCGGUCGGCGAGGCGCGCGUACCGCUGCUGCGCGAGGAGCGGCACGCACACCACGGAGACGGCGGCAAGAGCAAUCAACUGUCCGGCGGCGCGCUGGUGGUGACGUCACUGCUGGCGGGCGCCGCGGCGGGCGCGCUCGCAAAGACCGCCAUCGCGCCGCUCGACCGCACCAAGAUCAACUUCCAGACCUCCGAGAUCCCGUACUCGUGGCGCGCGGCGGUGCGGUUCAUAACGCGCAGCGCGCGGGCCGAGGGUCUGCCGGCACUGUGGCGCGGUAACAGCGCCACCAUGGCGCGCAUCGUGCCCUACGCCGCCAUCCAGUUCACGGCGCACGAGCAGUGGAAGCGGCUGCUGGCCGUCGACGACCCGCAGAGGGCGCACGCGGCGCCGCUGCGGCUGCUGCUGGCGGGCUCGCUGGCCGGCGUGACGUCACAGAGCGCAACGUACCCGCUGGACCUGGCGCGCGCGCGCAUGGCCGUGGCGGACUACCGCUCGCUGCGCGCCGUGUUCGGCCGCGUGCUGCGCGAGGAGGGGCUCGUGACGCUGUACCGAGGCUACCCCGCCACUGUGCUGGGGGUGAUCCCCUACGCGGGGGUGUCUUUCUUCACCUACGACUCGCUGAAGCACUGGUACCUGGAGUACACGGGCUCGAGCCCGCGAGGCCUCACUAACAUGGCGUUCGGCGGCGCGGCGGGCGCGCUCGCGCAGACCGCGUCGUACCCGCUGGACAUCGUGCGGCGCCGCAUGCAAACCGCGCGGCGCCGCGCCGACCGCACCUACCCCUACCCCACCAUCGCGGCCACGCUGCGCACCGUGUACAGAUCGGAGGGUUGGCGGGGUUUCUUCAAAGGGCUCAGCAUGAAUUGGGUAAAGGGCCCCAUCGCGGUGGGCAUCUCCUUCGCGUCCUACGAUGCGAUCAAGUCCGCGCUUAGAGACAUAUCGCUCACGUUGACCACGUGAGACGGGUAAUAUUGGUAAUAACGAUUACUGGGGUUACCUGUUACUUUAGAUGCUUGAAUGACGUAUAUUUUGUAAAGUUGGCUCGUGGUACGUGGUGACGUAGAUACUUGCUCGACGAACAAGCUCCUACACAUACCUUGUAGAAUCCUGUUAGUGAGGUAAACUUGCGACGUUGCUACGUGAUUCACCAUCAUCUUCAUCCAUAGCUUGAAUGUCCCAUUGCUGGGUACACGCCUCUCUCUUAUAGUAGAGCUAGUUUUAAAGAACAAAACCACCAGGCUGCUCCAAUGCGGGUUGGUGGGAUAUUACGUCUAAUAUCACAAGUUAGUAAU